AUGCGAGGCCUAAACAAAUCAACGCUCUUUCAUAAGAAAUCUAAGAGCAGCCUCCAAAGCAGAAAGGACAGCCUCGAAGAGCACUCUUCCUCUCACGCGCGGAAAUGGAGUACAUCGAGUACCGUCUCGACGGCGAGCAGCUCCCCUGAUACUAAGCUGUUCGACCCGCUGUCGCUACACCCACCCCUAAGUCUCAACACAUCACCAAAUAUUAUCCCGGAGUACGAAGAGGAACGGUACUUAGAGGAAGAGGAGCGAGAACGCCGGUUUUUAGAACGGAUAUCGCAGCACCCUGCGGAACAUCUGGACAACGCGGCCGAGUACUCACCACUCAAAGAUCGUAACUGUUUCUUCAUGCGGCCUAUCAGCGGCCGCCCUUACGUUUAUGACCAGAGCGUUCAGUGGCCACUCAAGGACUGGCAGGCAAUCCCGCCAGGCCUCGCUGAGCUCGACUCUUCCUCGCCAGCUUCGUCUCCAGCUUCGUCGCCUACCCAGCACUAUAACAACCGCCGGCGGCCGACGGAAUGGAUGAACGAGAGAGACGCCCUAUUCAAGCGCGGCGACUGGAAGCGCAGGGGUAUAGUGUUCCAGCUCGACCCGAACGAUGAAGAGGAACAAGAGCAGCACUUUGAACUACCUGAGUGUUAA